AUGCCAUUCACAGCAGACGCAGCAGCGCACCAGAUCCAGGAGCGUUUGAAGAGUAUCUACCAGCUGGUGAAGGACAUCGACACUGAGCGAACCAGGUCAGAGGUAAAUUUAAACAACAUAACAAAAGCCCACGAAAAAGUGACUCCGGACGACAAAAUAACUCCUUACUACCAACAAAAAUUAAAAACUUUGUACAACUCUGCGAUACAAGAUGCGCAACAAGAGGAAGAGCUUUUGCGGUCAGCGUUAUCAAAAAUCAACGAGAUCCGAGCGAUUAGGAACGAGCGGCGAAUACAGGCGAGGAAUGCGGGGAAUAAAGAGACAAUUCGUCGCGGGGCGCUGAUGAAGAUGCUGCAGAGCACCGCUGCAACCUUGCCGCUGUACGUCGGCAAGACACCUGGAGCAAAGGCGCCUCCUCUUUGCGGCGCGGUGCCAGCAGAGUCGACCUACGUCGCUAAAAUGGGCGACAUGGUCGCGGCUCUGGUCAAGAGUUCCUCCGACGAAGAGGAGAACUGGAUCCUAGCGGAGGUCGUUCACUUUAAUUCCACCACCAACAAGUACGAGGUCGACGACAUUGACGAGGAGCAGAAGGACCGUCAUACUUUGUCCAGAAGAAGGGUUGUACCCCUGCCGCUGAUGAGGGCCAACCCGGACACUGAUCCUCACGCUUUGUUCCCCAAAGGGUCCAUUGUCAUGGCUCUCUAUCCCCAGACCACGUGCUUUUAUAAAGCUGUUGUUAAUCAGCUGCCCAAUUCUGCUACUGAGGAGUAUGAAGUUCUCUUUGAAGAUGCUUCUUAUGCUGAUGGAUACUCUCCGCCGUUGAAUGUCGCUCAGCGGUAUGUUAUCUCUAUUAAGGAGGGAAAGAAGAGCAAGAGCUAG